AUGGUGAGUGUUUUUGGGCGGGAAUUUCAAUGUUUUGGAGCUAAAAAACUGUCUGGAAGUGUUUCUCUGGGAAAUUCGAUUUUUCCAGCAGGUUGGCGACAUAAAAUAGAACAUUUUCAGAUCGAUUUUGCUCGUCUCGAAUUCGUCCAACUCCAGAAAUCAAUGGAAUUUCUAAUUUUUCAGGUUGUUUCUAAAAAUAAACUAGUUUUAAGUGCAUCCCGUGUUGAAAAGUGCAAUUUUUCCACUUGAACAGUUUUUACUGUUUUGUCAAAAUAUCUGUUUUUUUUUGUUGAAAAUCAGAAGAAAAAUGAUUGCGAUUCUAUUUUUCCUUUUCGUCUGCCUAUACAUUUUCAGAUAUUUUUCGAAUUAUCUGAAAUUCUACAAUUAUGCUAGAAAGGUAGGUUGAAAACUAAAUCCCUUUAGAAAACUUUUGAAAAUUCAGAUUCCCGGUCCAAAAAUGCACGGAAUUUUGGGAAACGUUCCAGAUUUGAUGGAUAAAACGACUGAAAAUCUGGGAGAAGUGCUGAAAUUUUGGGCGAAUGAGCAGCGGGGAAAUGGCUCGAGGAUCAUGCGAGUUUUUCUGUUUGGCAAUUUAUUUGUUUGGCCGUUGGAUGGAGAAAUGACGAAAGUGAUAUUGGAGAAUAAUGAGGAAUUGGAUAAAGGGGAGGAUUAUCGAUUUUUUGAGCCGUGGAUUGGAAAAGGACUGCUGCUGGAGUGAGAAAUUUCGAUAUUUGGCUCGGGAAAAUCUCUCGUGGCCUAGAAAACCAAAAACCCCGGAAAAUUAGCUUCAUUUUAAGUCUAAAUAUGGCCUAUUUUCUUGGUGGCCUAGAAAACCAAAUCCUAGAGAAAAUUAGCUUCGUUUUGAGUCCAAACUUGGCCGAGGUUCUUAGUGGCCUAGGAAACCAAAUCCUAGAGAAAAUGAAGCGUGUUUUGAAUCUAUACAUGACCUAGGUUUCCGGUGGCCUAGAAAUCCAACACCUCUAGACAAUAACGUAUAUUUUGAAUCUAAACAUGGCCUAGGUUUCUCGUGGCCUAGGAAACCAAAUCCUAGAGAAAAUGAAGCGUGUUUUGAGUCUAAACAUGGCCUAGGUUUCUGGUGGCCUAGAAAUCCAACACCUCUAGACAAUGAAGCGUGUUUUGAGUCUAAACAUGACCGAGAUUUUUGGUGGCCUAGGAAACCAAAUCCUAGAGAAAAUUAAGCGUGUUUUGAGUCCAAACAUGGCCUAGAAAACCAAGUCCUCUUUGAAAUUGUGAGUCUUUUGAGUCUAAACAUGGCCUAGGUUUCUGGUGGCCUAGAAAUCCAAAAUCGUUUGAAAAUGAGUUUUCUGGAUAUAAAUGUGGCCGAGGUUUUUGGUGGCCUAGAAAACCAAGUCCUCUUUGAAAUUGCGAGCAUUUUGAGUCUAAACAUGGCCUAGGUUUAUGGUGGCCUAGGAAACCAAAUUCUAGAGAAAAUGAAGCGUGUCUGAAAACUCAGGAGUUUUCUAAGUCUGAACAUGGCCUAGGAAACCAAAUCCUAGAGAAAAUGAAGCGUGUUUUGAGUCUAAACAUGGCCUAGGUUUCUGGUGGCCUAGAAAACCAAAAACCCCAGAAAAUUAGCUUCAUUUUAAGUCUAAACUUGGCCUAGGUUUUCGGUGGCCUAGAAAACCAAACCCUAGAGAAAAUUAGCUUCGUUUUGAGUCUGAACUUGGCCUAGAAUUUUGGUGGCCUGGAAAACCAAUCUCCUAGAAAACUAGGCCAUAUUUGAUAUCAAAAUAAUCCAAAUCUUCCAAUCUUCCAAUCAGAAAAAAUCAAUAUUUUCCAGGCCGAACAUUCCACGCUGGAAAUCGCAUCGAAAACUAAUCCAACCAGUCUUCAACUUCUCCAAACUUCCCAAAUAUUUCGAAAUCUUCAAAAAACAAACAGAAAUUCUCAUCGACAUCCUCCACGAAAAAUCGAGCAAAUCGGAAUUUUUCGACAUUUUUCCGCACAUCAAAUUCUGUCUUUUGGAUAUUGUUGCCGACGCGGCUUUGGGUAUUCAGACAAAUUCGCAAAUUCGAAAUUUUCACGAAUAUAUUGAUGCUUGCGAAGAGUUUUCGAGAAUAUUGAUCGAGUUUUCGUUCAAACCUUGGUUGAGAAAUCCGAUUUUUUAUAAAUUUUCGGGAUUUGAGGCGAAAAUUGAGGAGAAUCUGAGGGUUUUGAAGGAUUUUAGUAUGAAGUUUAUAAAGGAGCGGAGGGCGGAUGUGGAAUUUCAUAAAGAUCAAGAGAAAUGCUGUUUUUUGGAUCAUCUUCUGGAUUCGCCAGGUAUGAGUUAUGACGUGGCAAAAUUCAUCCAUGUUUAUCAAAAAAAAUUAGAAAGACUGGAAAUUUUGUAGCUGAAAUUUUCUGAAAAAAAUUCUAAAAUUUGCAAAUCAAACUAUUUUCAAAAUUUUUUCAGAUUUUCUAUAGUUUUAUCAUUUUUCAGUCUGAAAAUCCAGAAAAUCCAGAUUUUUUUUGAAUCCAAAAAUGACCUAGAAUUUCGGUGGCCUAGAAACCCAAAAACCGCUCAAAAAUUAGGGAAUUUUUGAAUUCAAACAUGGCCUAGGGUUUGGAUGGCCUAGAAAACCAAACAACCCUCAAGUCUAGCUCAAUUUCAAAUCCAUACAUGGCCUAGAUUUCGGUGGCCUAGAAAUCCAAAACCUCUGGAAACCCAGGAGUUCUCUGAGUCUAAACAUGGCCGAGGUUUUUGGUGGCCGAGAAAACCAACACCUCUAGACAAUAACGCAUAUUUUGAGUCUAAACAUGGUCUAGAUUCUCGGUGGCCUAGAAAUCCAAACAUCUCAAGAAUUAGUGAAUUUUUGAAUCCAAAAAUGGCCUAGAAUUUCGGUGGCCUAGAAAUCCAAACAACCAUCAAGUCUAGCUCAAUUUCAAAUCCAUACAUGGCCUAGAAUUUCGGUGGCCUAGAAAUCCAACUCAAGUUUUUCUUCCAGAUCUCACUGACGAGGAAAUCCGUGAAGAAAUCGACACUCUGAUCUUCGGCGGACAUGACACUACAACAAGCAGUGUAGCCUUUGCGCUCUGGAACAUUGCUCAUAAUCCAGAUGUUCAAAAUCACAUUUACCAGGAGGAACUUCAAGAAAACCCCCUGGAAUCUCGAGAGGAUUUUCGAGCCUUGAAAUAUCUGGAUAGGGUUUUGAAGGAGUCGAAAAGAUUGACCCCACCAAUCCCAUUUUUUCAACGAAAAUUACGAAAAUCUUUGAAGCUUCUUGAUCAGUGCGAAAUUCCAGCUGGAAGUACAAUUUCAAUUGGCCCAAUUAUUCUGCACAGUAAUCCGGAGGUUUUCAAAAAUCCUGGGAUUUUUGAUCCUGAUAGAUUUCUACCUGAUGAGGUCUCGAAACGAAGUGCCUUUGAUUUUGUACCAUUUUCGGCGGGCAUUCGAAAUUGUGUUGGGCAGAAUUUUGGAUUAUUGAAUGAGAAAGUGAUUGUGGCGAAGAUUUUGAAGGAAUUUGAGGUUUUACCGGGGGAGGAUUAUGGAUUUACUGUGCCGUGUUUGGAGGUAAGUUAUUUUGGGAUUUGAAUUUUUUGUUAGAAAAAAAGUAUAAUUUUUCGGGUCGUCGCAAAACCAUCCAAAGGAAUUCCAGUGAAACUUGUCAAACGCUGAAUUUUUUUAAUUAAAAUUCACAAAAAUAAAUCAUUUUAAAUAGCCUCAAUUUAAACUUGACUAGAAUUUAAAAAAAAACCAAUCAAACUUUCAAAAACAACGAAAAAAUGUUUAUGAAAUUUCUGAAACAGUAGAAUUUUUGUAACAAUUUUUUUCUUUCAAAAUGAUAGAAGAACCAUACAUUUUUUGACAAAAUUUUCAUACCAAAAUUUUGAAACAGUAAUUUUUCCAGAAAUUUUUACGUUUCAAAUUUUCUUGAAAACCAAAUUUAGCUGAAGAAUAAUAUGUUUCACGGUUUUGUUUAACUUGAAAAAAAAUUGCGCAAAAAUAGGAUUUUCAGAAAACGUAUUAAUUAUCACAUUUUCAAAAACAACGAAAAAUUGUUAUGAAACUUCUGAAACAGUAGAAUUUUUGCAACAUUUUUAUUUAUUUUUUCAAAUCGAUGAAAAUUUUAUUGAUAAGUUUUUUUGACAAAAUUUUAAUAUUAAAAUUUUGAAACAGUGAUUUUUCCAGAAAUUUUUACGAUUUUUUUUUGGUGAAAAUAGGAUUUUCAGCAAUUUUCAAUCGUAUAACUCUAGCUAUUAAUUUUAUAAAUGCAAAAGUAUCAUAUCCAAAUUUUGAAACAGUAAUUUUUCCAGAAAUUUUUACGUUUCAAAUUUUCUUGAAAAACAAAAAAUUUGGCUUGAAAUGUUAUUGAAGAAAUAAAAUUCACUGUUUCAAAAAUGUUCCAAAUAAAUUUUGCUUCAAUCUUGAGAAAUGAUCCAAAAAUCAAAAAUUAAAAAAUUCUGAAUUCUGAUUUUCUCCACAUAAUGUUUUGUAUCUGUAGUAAUAUUUCUCAAAAUAUAUUAUUUAUAAAAUUGAAUAACAACUGCUGCUGUUUGGAAAUUUUUGGGUGACAAAAUGAUUGAUUGACACGCGCAGAAACUCUACAACUUAUCAAAACUCUCAACACUUUUUGCUGUGAAAAGGUUUGGAUUUUUUUUUUGACUACCAAAAACCGAAUUUUUUUUAGGCCAAAACAACAAUUUUGUGA